AUGUAUAGCUCUUCUUUUCUUUUCUUCUUUUUAUAUACGCGUACCUUUCUCGGCUUUUCAAUUCUUUUCGUUUUAUUAUGGCUCUUUCUUUUCUAUUUUGUUUAUUAUUGCUUCCAUCUUUCCUUUAUUUAUUCUUUCAUUAAUUCCCUCCUAACUUUCUUUCAUUUCUUUAUCAUUCCUCCCAGCUACCCUAGCUUAGUGCCAUUAUUAAUUCCUUCCUUCCUUCCUUCCUUCCUUCCUUCCUUUGACACUCAGUCUUCGUUCAUUUUUUGUCCCGUUCCAUUUUGUCUUAGUUGUUUGGUUUCUUCCUUUCAACUCCCACCCUCCUCUUCUCUCCCAUCCUAUUUUCCAUGUCUAAUUUGUUCUUUCUUUCCAUCUCCCUCUCUUACUGUCUUUCAUUUCCUUGCAUCUUUUCAUCCACCCACCCAUCCAUGUAGAUUUUUGCUUUCAUUCAUUCAUACCCUCUACUUUCUUUCUUUAUUUUUUCUUCUUUCUUCCCUCUCCAUUUCUUCCUGCCUUCCUUCCUUCGUUGUCUCUUCCUUCCUUGCUUCCUUUCCCCUUCCUUCCUUCCUUCCUUGCUUGCUAGGUUCCCCCUUCCUAUCUUCCUUCCUUUGUUGUUUCAUUCUGCCUUCCUUCCUUAGUCCCCCCUUCCUUCCUUCUUUCCUUUCUUGUUUAAUUCCGCCUUCCUCCCCGCUUCCUUCCUUCCUUCAUUCAAUCAUUUAUUCAUUAUUUCUUUCUUCCCUUCGUUCCCCCUUCCUGCCUUCCUUUCCUUCAUUCACUCAUUCAUAUUUUUCUUCCUUCCCCCCUUCCCCUUCCUUCCUUCCUUCCUUCCUUCCUUCCUUCCUUCCUUCCUUCCUUCCUUCAUUCAUUCAUUCAUUCUUUCUUUCUUUCUUCCCUUCGGUUCCCCUUCCUUCCUUCCUUCCUUCCUUCCUUCCUUCCUUCUUCCCUUCGUUCCCCCUUCCUUCUUUUUUUGGUUGGUUCCUUUCCUUCCUCCCUCCCUUCCUUCCUUCCAUUCUUCCUUCCUUCCUUCCUUCCUUGCUUCGUUUCCUCUUUCGUCCUUCCUUGCUUGCUUGCUUCGUCCCCACUUCCUUCCUUCCUUCCUUCCUUCAUUCCCCACUUCCUUCCUUUCUUGUUUCAUCCCCCCUUUCUUCCUUAGUUCUCCCUUCCUUCCUUCCUUCCUUCCUUCCUUCCUUCCUUCCUUCCUUCCUUCCUAUUCACCUUUUAUCUCUUUUCAAACGCAGAUAA